GAAUACAUUCAAGGGAAAAAAACGAAAUUGCAAGCGUGCGGCUUUUUUUCUUUACGUGAUAACUUUCAUUGCAAAACUCUGGCCAACCUAUUUUUCACGAAAAAAAAUUAAAAAGAAAAUUUUAUAUUAAUUCUGCACACACAAAACUAUCAACAAAAGUGUAUAAAUUUCAUAAAUCUGUUAUGAAAAGUACCACAACGCAGAAACCGUGAACAAAAAAACAACCGUCAGACAUUUUGCCAACAACAAGAAGUGAAGCAGAGAAAAAAAAAACAAUUUACAAAGGGACGCUACCCGGAUUAGAGCCGGACAGGCAGAAGUGGUAAAAGUACAGCGCAGACAAUUUAACAAAACAAAAAAAAAAUAGAAACAAGUGCAAGAAAAAAGUUCCUUAAAUCUAAAAUUUAUAAGAAAAAGUGCCACAAACACUUUUAAAAACCUUAAGAAGUCGAUGGCUAAACAGGCUUUUGAAGCCUUUCUCCUAAAAUUGCAUUGAUGAUGUACAUUGAACACACGAACCUGGAAGAUAAUCUACAUCAAAUAUUAACGAAUCGUGUACCCACAUCGAGUAGUCCCAGUGCCAGUGAGGCCACGGCAGCAGUUGCGGCAUCUGCAUUGCUGGCGCGUGUAAGGGAGGCGCACAAUAGCGCAUCAUCUACAUUGCAACAUAUACUACAACAAAACUCGUCGUCGUCGCCCAACGCUCAAUAUCAGCACCAACGCAACAACAACAGCAGUACUCCCAAUAAUUAUAAAACUUCUGCUAAGGAGUGGAUUAGGCGUCCCGAACCAAAAUUAUUGGCUUUGGAUUCUUAUUUAAGCUCGGCCGAUAUUACUCAGGAAUUGCAUCGAGUUCAAGCAACGGCUAACAAUACUAGUGCACAUAAAAAAGCACACUAUAAACAACAACAAGUGCAAGAAGCACAACAGCAGCAGCAACUACGUAAAGAGGUGGAAGAGGAGGAAGAAGACGAGCAAUACGAAUUACUACAAGUAAUUGACUCAGAUCAAACAGCUCAAGCGGAAAAUUCAAAACCUUUGAAAGUUGAAAAGAACGUGCAACAAGAAGAAAUAGACGAAAAUUUUGCUUCCACCAGUCAUUUUGUGAUUGAAUUAAACGACGGCCAAAAAAUUGCCUCAACAGUCGCGGCAUUACAACCACAUCAGCGCAGGCAGGUGGACGAGGACGAAGAAUUUGAAUACGUAGUUACACGUGUCCCUAAAAGGAAAACAGCUAAUCAGAAAAUUGAAAACUAUCCCAUAUUGAAUCGUAAAAUACGCAGGCCAGUGCCAGAAGCAAUACCUAUUGUUGCACAACUAAAGCCUAGAUCAUCCUAUAACGGCCAUUCAGCUACUUCACGGCCACCAGCACUUGUAGCAGCCCCACAACUACGACGAUCAAUUCCAAAUCUAAGAAAAUAUAGCAUUGAUUCACAGGAGUAUUAUAAUUCACACAGAGAGGUAAACGGUUACGCCACAGCCGCUGCAGCAGCCGUCUACAUCGAAGACGACGACGACGACAACAAUUGUGAUUAUUAUUCGGAUUCGGAAACUGUUGAAGUUGCGUCAACUGGUCGUCCAGCGUACGCUUAUAAUAACGAGUUUUACCGCAGACAAGAAGCCCAAAUGGGUCUCGACAUCAUAAAUAAAUUGAAACAUUUAUUUAAUUGGAAUCCGUCGACAAAUCACUACAGCACUGUCCAUCAGGAGGGUAAGCGAAAGAGGCGAUCGGACGAUUGGUGUGCUGGUGAGACCAUUGCACCUCAACAGAUAAAGUAUCGUAAGGUGGAGAAUCGUUUUCCCAAAUACAUUGCUGCACGCUCCGAAGUAGACGAUGUAAAUGAGUUUUUGCCACCUCUAACGCAUCACAAUCAGCAGCAGCAAAAAUCACACCACAAAUACGAUAAACAAUUUUUAUUAAGUAAUUCAGCACAAAGCUCCAGAACUUUAUUGGAGAUGUCCAAUCGGCGUUCGUCUUCUUCUGCUAUAGAUAAGCCACCCCUAAGGAAGUCUAUGUUUUCAGCUCCCCAUAUUACCCAGCAAUUAAUCAAGAAUACAACCUAUGCAGAUGUUGAAUUUUCCGAUGACGAUGAACCCGUUUUAAUAAAAGGUUUCGAAAUUAAACCCUCUUCUUUGGCUUCAGUCAAGCGAGUGCCCGAAGUCUUCAACAUUCCGAUUAUACGCACCGAUGAGCGUCGCAAGUCCACGCAACAGAAACCACCACCACCACCUCUAAUCGAACACAGCAGUGGCAGCAUUUUACAAUCAUCUCUUGUUCCCGAAUUGGAAACCAGGCGCAAGCCGACUUAUGCCGAGACAUUACGCCAAAGUGCAGGAACUGGCCAUGUAUUGGGGGGCCGCAGUAGUAUUUCAUCCUCCGCGGCUUCGACUUCUGAAUCGUCACGCAUAUUGAAUGGUUUAAUCAGUCUACGCACAAACCACUAUUCUGCGCAAAAUCGCUCUUCAAUACUCAACCAGGAAAAGCAGCGAGAAGAUUGUGAGAAAUAUCAACAGUUACUAGAACAAGUGGUACCAGGUCUGUACAGUUCUGCCAGAGCUGAGAAUAAGCUUUCCUCAUCUUCCUCCUUGAAGUCGACAGCACAACGCCGAAGAUCUGGUCUACUCUUGGGCACCGCUGUAACAUCCUCGGCACGCAGCUCUCCAGCUACCAAUAGACGUUCCAUGGGUAUCGGACAAUCGAUUUUCAAACGUCCACCUCUAUCGUCUACCAUCAAUUUGGAUGAUGAUGAGGCCGACGAAGAUGUCACCAUAACAGGCAUUUCACAUAUAAAAGCUUCGCGUUCUGGGAAAAACAAACAUUCAAUGCCAGCCACAGUUAUUGUGGAUGAUGAUGAAAUAUCCGAUAUUCUUGAUUUGGGCAAUGAGGAACGUCAUGUGUUGUCGGCUUGUGCUAAGAUCCAGAAGGAGCAGAAUUCUGUUAUUAAUUUGUGCGAAGAUAAAGUUGAAAAGCCCAAGAAUGAUGCUUUGCCCUAUGUGGAGCCCGUUAAUUCAUUGCAAGAACGUUUCAAUUCCUCGCCCUUUAUCAAGGGUAAUUGGAUGGAAAAUUGGCAAUCGAAAUGGUCGCAACUAAAAAAGAAUAGACACGAUGAGGUCAAGGAAGCCGUUAAAAUAAAUGAAAAAGUAACAGCCGAGCGUCGUGCUGCUGAGGCUGAAAUUCAAGAACGUUUGCGCAAAUUCCAAAUUGUUGAUCCCGAAUUAUUGGUGGUCGAUGAUUUUGACGAUGUCGUUGAAGAACCUGAAUUUGUGGAAUUCACACAAGAACACAGGGCUCGCAUUAAUGCAGCCAUAUGUGGUCCACUAGAUCAGGUUUUGGUUUCCAAGUUCAAUUUGAACAUCACUAGACGCGACAUACACACCUUGUGUGGCCACAAUUGGCUCAACGAUGAAGUCAUCAACUUCUACAUGAAUCUGCUAACCGAACGCGGCGAAACAAAACACGACUCUCAUGGUUUGCCCAGGGUCUAUGCAAUGAAUACCUUUUUCGUGCCUCGCUUAAUGCAAGCGGGCCAUGCUGGCGUUAAGCGCUGGACGCGUAAAGUCGAUAUCUUUGCCAAGGACAUUAUGCCAGUGCCCGUACACGUUGGUGGCGUCCAUUGGUGUAUGGCUAUAAUACACAUAAAGAAUCGUACCAUCAAAUACUACGAUUCCAUGGGUACACCGAAUCCCAGUGUACUCAAGGCACUGGAACAAUACCUCAAAGAUGAAUCGAUGGACAAACGCAAGCAACCCUUCGACACUAGUAAUUUUGUGAUUGAAUCGGUUCAGGGUGUGCCGCGUCAGAUGAACGGCAGUGACUGUGGUGUAUUCAGUUGCAUGUUUGCCGAGUAUAUAACACGUAAUCGGGAGAUAACCUUCUCCCAACAGAAUAUGGAAUAUUUCCGACAAAAAAUGAUUCUGGAAAUCGUUAUGGGUGAAUUGUUGCAGUAGUCAGUCUGUCAGUCAGUCAGUUAAUCAGUCAGGCAGUCGUCAAUAGAAAGAAGGCAACAUGAAGUUGUCCACUAAGUUUAUCAUGGCUUUUAAGUUAAUACUUUUUAAAUUCUAAGCAUUUUAUGCAAAUACUUUUUCUAAUUUAAAAAUAUUUUUUAUACAUACUACAUACAUUUAUUUAAAUGUUUAGUUUUUCUUACUUUCUUCUUUAACAAGAAAGUUGAAAAACACCAAAUUGUGGAUUUAUCAUUUUCAUUAUUUUUUUUUAUUUUUUUUUUUAUUUAUUUUCUUCGCCCUUGUUUAAAAGUUUAGCUUAUUUUUAUACAAAUCAAAAAUAAAUUCUUCAUCUAACGCUCUACAUAAAAAUUUAUAAUUACUACAUAUUACUUUAUUUUUUCUCUAAUGCUAUUACAUAUUUUAAGUUUGCUCUACUUUGUUUUCUAAGCCACUUAAAGCAGAGAAAGAAACUUUAAAUGUAAACUAUUUAAAAGAAUAACAAAACCACACUCGUAAUUUAUUUCUUAACAUAAAUAAAAAACAAACAACAAAUACUUCUAUAUCUAAAUAAAUAAAAUUAAUAAUAAUAAAAAUAUAUACCUACAAAAAAAAAAACAAAAAAAAAAACAGAAAAAGUUUAUAAAUUGUAUUUAAAUCAGCUAAGAAAUUAUAUUUCUUUAAUUUCAUUUCUUAGAUUUUAGGUCAUCGUAAUGCGAAUAGUAAUUGCUACAAAAUAAUUUGUUUUAAUUGUGAAACAAGUAAUACAUACUUGGUUUAGAUUAAAAACUACUACAUACUUACUACAUUUGCAAAGUUAAACAAAAUAAAAAAUAUGUAUUUGGUAUAAAGUAAAAAAAAAAACAUCUUGUAAAAUUUAUAAUUUAUAAAUUAAUCGAAAUAAAAAACAAAAUAUAAAAAUAUGCAUUAAUUAAUUACAUUUAAAGAAACUUUGAAAUGCUAUAAUGAAACAUUAAUAAUAAACAAAUAAAGUUUAAUUCAAA